CUUCCCAAUUCCUGCCUCGUCGGAUGGGGCAGGAGGCAGGUCCCCCGACAGUGUCAGGACGGGAGGAUCACACCAGCUUUGAUGAUAAUGGUGAACUGGGAUAAGAAACUCGCCAUGAUAUGAAGAGUGACACUGAAGAUGAAGAAAAUAUUGCCUGGAGCGCUUGCCAAAAUACGCCAAAAUUUGGAGGCCAGAGAGGUGCCGAGGGAGGUAUUGUAGCUUUCUGUGAAAAUGUCGGUUCUCAUAUCACAGAGCGUAAUAAAUUACGUAGAAGAAGAAAACAUUCCUGCUUUGAAAGCUCUUCUUGAAAAAUGCAAGGAUGUAGAUGAGAGAAAUGAGUGUGGCCAGACUCCAUUGAUGAUAGCUGCUGAACAAGGCAAUCUGGAAAUAGUGAAAGAAUUAAUUAAGAAUGGAGCUAAUUGCAAUCUGGAAGAUUUGGAUAACUGGACAGCACUUAUAUCAGCGUCAAAAGAAGGGCACCUGCACAUUGUGGAAGAACUGCUUAAAUGCGGGGCUAACCUGGAGCACCGUGACAUGGGAGGAUGGACAGCUCUUAUGUGGGCAUGUUAUAAAGGCCGUACUGAAGUGGUUGAGUUGCUUCUUUCUCAUGGUGCCAAUCCAAGUGUUACUGGUCUGCAGUACAGUGUUUACCCAGUCAUCUGGGCAGCAGGGAGAGGCCAUGCAGAUAUAGUGCAACUUUUACUGCAAAAUGGUGCUAAAGUCAACUGCUCCGAUAAGUAUGGAACCACCCCGUUGGUUUGGGCUGCACGAAAGGGUCAUUUGGAAUGUGUAAAACAUUUAUUGGCUAUGGGAGCUGAUGUUGAUCAAGAAGGAGCUAAUUCAAUGACUGCACUUAUUGUGGCAGUGAAAGGAGGCUACACACAGUCAGUAAAAGAAAUUUUGAAGAGGAAUCCAAAUGUAAAUUUAACCGAUAAGGAUGGAAAUACAGCUUUGAUGAUUGCAUCAAAGGAGGGACAUACAGAAAUUGUACAGGAUCUACUUGAUGCUGGAACAUAUGUAAACAUACCUGAUAGGAGUGGAGAUACUGUUUUAAUUGGCGCUGUCAGAGGUGGUCAUGUGGAAAUUGUUCGAGCACUUCUUCAAAAAUAUGCUGAUAUAGACAUUAGAGGACAGGACAAUAAAACUGCUUUAUAUUGGGCUGUUGAGAAAGGAAAUGCAACAAUGGUGAGAGAUAUCUUACAGUGCAAUCCUGACACUGAAAUAUGCACAAAGGAUGGUGAAACACCUCUUAUAAAGGCUACUAAGAUGAGAAAUAUAGAAGUAGUAGAACUGCUGCUGGAUAAAGGAGCUAAAGUAUCUGCCGUAGAUAAGAAAGGAGACACUCCUUUGCAUAUUGCUAUUCGUGGGAGGAGUCGGAAACUGGCAGAACUUCUUUUAAGAAAUCCCAAAGAUGGACGGUUACUUUAUAGGCCCAACAAAGCAGGCGAGACUCCCUACAACAUUGACUGUAGCCAUCAGAAAAGUAUUUUAACUCAGAUAUUUGGAGCCAGACACUUGUCUCCUACGGAAACAGAUGGUGACAUGCUUGGUUAUGAUUUGUAUAGCAGUGCCCUGGCAGAUAUUCUCAGUGAGCCUACCAUGCAGCCGCCCAUUUGUGUGGGGCUGUAUGCACAGUGGGGAAGUGGGAAAUCCUUCUUGCUCAAGAAACUAGAAGAUGAAAUGAAAACCUUUGCAGGACAACAGAUUGAACCUCUUUUUCAGUUUUCAUGGCUUAUAGUAUUUCUGACCCUGCUCCUUUGUGGAGGGCUUGGUUUAUUGUUUGCUUUUACGAUUGACCCAAAUCUUGGAAUAGCGGUGUCACUGAGCUUCUUGGCUCUCUUAUAUAUAUUUUUUAUUGUCGUUUACUUUGGUGGACGAAGGGAAGGAGAGAAUUGGAAUUGGGCCUGGGUCCUCAGUACUAGAUUGGCAAGACAUAUUGGGUAUUUGGAGCUCCUCCUCAAAUUGAUGUUUGUGAAUCCGCCUGAAUUGCCAGAGCAAACCACUAAAGCUUUACCCGUGAGGUUUUUGUUUACAGAUUAUAAUAGGUUGUCCAGUGUAGGUGGAGAAACAUCAAUGGCUGAAAUGAUUGCCACCCUCUCGGAUGCUUGUGAAAGAGAGUUUGGCUUUUUGGCAACCAGGCUUUUCCGAGUAUUCAAGACUGAAGAUACGCAGGGUAAAAAUAAAUGGAAAAAAACGUGUUGUCUCCCAUCUUUUGUCAUCUUCCUUUUUAUUUUUGGCUGCAUUAUUGCUGGAAUUACUCUUCUGGCUAUAUUCAGAGUUGACCCAAAGCAUCUGACAGUGAAUGCCGUCCUCAUAUCAGUUGCAUCGAUAGUGGGAUUGGCCUUUGUGCUGAAUUGUCGUACAUGGUGGCAGGUGCUGGACUCUCUCCUGAAUUCUCAAAGGAAACGCCUCCAUAAUGCUGCCUCCAAACUGCACAAAUUGAAAAGUGAAGGAUUCAUGAAAGUUCUUAAGUGUGAAGUGGAAUUGAUGGCCAGGAUGGCAAAAACCAUUGACAGCUUCACUCAGAAUCAGACAAGGCUGGUGGUUAUCAUCGAUGGGCUGGAUGCCUGUGAGCAGGACAAAGUGCUCCAGAUGCUGGACACCGUCCGAGUUCUGUUUUCAAAAGGCCCAUUCAUUGCUAUUUUUGCAAGUGAUCCACAUAUUAUUAUAAAGGCAAUUAACCAGAACCUCAACAGCGUGCUUCGUGACUCAAACAUCAAUGGACAUGACUAUAUGCGCAACAUAGUUCAUCUACCUGUUUUCCUCAAUAGUCGUGGACUAAGCAGUGCAAGAAAAUUUCUUGUAACUUCAACAACUAAUGGAGAUAUUCCAUGCUCAGAUAAUACAGGGUUGCAGGAAGAUGCUGACAGGAGAGUUUCACAAAACAGCCUUGGAGAGAUGACAAAACUUGGUAGUAAGACGGCCCUUAAUAGACGGGAUACUUACCGAAGAAGACAGAUGCAGCGCACGAUUACUCGGCAGAUGUCCUUUGAUCUUACAAAACUGCUGGUUACAGAGGACUGGUUCAGUGACAUAAGUCCUCAGACCAUGAGAAGAUUACUUAAUAUUGUUUCUGUGACAGGGCGAUUACUGAGAGCCAAUCAGAUAAGUUUCAACUGGGACAGGCUUGCUAGCUGGAUCAACCUUACUGAGCAGUGGCCAUACCGAACUUCAUGGCUCAUAUUGUAUUUGGAAGAGACUGAAGGUAUUCCAGAUCAAAUGACAUUAAAAACCAUCUAUGAAAGAAUAUCAAAGAAUAUUCCAACAACUAAAGAUGUUGAGCCACUCCUGGAAAUAGAUGGAGAUAUAAGAAAUUUUGAAGUGUUUUUGUCUUCAAGGACCCCAGUUCUUGUGGCUCGAGAUGUAAAAACCUUUUUGCCAUGCACUGUAAAUCUAGACCCCAAACUACGGGAAAUAAUUGCAGAUGUUCGUGCUGCAAGAGACCAGAUUCAUAUUGGAGGACUUGCGUACCCCCCGCUACCUCUGCACGAAGCUGCCCCUAGAGCGCCGUCGGGCUACAGCCAGCCUGCGUCGGCCUGCUCUUCUUCCACCUCCUUCAGUGCCCCGUUGGGAGGGGGGGUUCUGUCACCACAGCCUCAUAGCAGCUAUUACAGUGGUAUGACGGGACCCCAGCAUCCGUUCUACAACAGGCCAUUCUUUGCCCCUUACCUUUACACGCCAAGGUACUACCCUGGCGGCUCCCAACAUCUCAUCUCACGUCCAUCAGUAAAAACGAAUUUGCCCAGAGAUCAGAGCAAUGGCCUACCGUGUGACUCUGGGUUUAACAAACAGAGACAGGGAUCAGGCCCAGCCUCAGGAACAAUAUCACUGAAUUCAAUGAAUGUGGAUGCGGUUUGUGAGAAACUGAAGCAAAUAGAAGGGCUGGAGCAGAGCAUGCUGCCUCAGUAUUGUGCGACCAUCAAGAAGGCAAACAUAAAUGGCCGUGUGUUAGCUCAGUGUAACAUUGAUGAACUGAAGAAGGAAAUGAAUAUGAAUUUUGGAGACUGGCAUCUUUUUAGGAGCACAGUACUAGAAAUGAGAAAUGCAGAAAACCAGGUGGUCCCUGAGGACCCACGUUUACUGAGUGAAAACAGCAGCUCAGUUCCUCACGGUGAAUCUGUGCACCGCGCGUCACACGAGUUGCCUCACACCGAGCUCUCCAGUCAGACCCCCUACACGCUGAACUUCAGCUUCGAAGAGCUGAACACACUCGGCCUGGAUGAAGGGGCUCCACGUCACAGUAACCUAAGUUGGCAGUCACAAACUCGCAGAACACCAAGUCUAUCGAGUCUCACUUCCCAGGAUUCCAGUAUUGAAAUUUCAAAGCUUACUGAUAAGGUGCAGGCUGAGUAUAGAGAUGCCUAUCGAGAAUAUAUUGCCCAGAUGUCUCAGUUAGAAGGGGGCGCGGGUUCCACAACAAUGAGUGGCAGGUCUUCCCCACACAGCACAUAUUAUAUGGGUCAGAGUUCAUCCGGGGGCUCCAUUCACUCUAAUCUAGAACCGGAGAAAGGGAGGGAUAGUGAACCAAAGCCAGAUGAUGGAAGGAAGUCAUUUUUAAUGAAGAGGGGCGAUGUUAUAGAUUAUUCCUCAUCAGGAGUUUCCACUAACGAUGCCUCACCCCUGGAUCCUAUCACUGAAGAAGAUGAAAAAUCUGAUCAGGCAGGCAGCAAGCUUCUCCCAAGCAAGAAGUCCUCAGAAAGGUCAGGUCUCUUCCAGACAGAUUUGAAGCUGAAGGGAGGUGGGCUGCGCUAUCAGAAACUUCCAAGUGAUGAAGAUGAGUCUGGGACAGAAGAAUCAGACAAUACUCCACUGCUCAAAGAAGACAGAGACAAAAAAGCUGAAGGGAAAGUAGAGAGAGUGUUGAAGUCUCCAGAACACAGCGCGGAGCCUAUUAGAACCUUCAUUAAGGCAAAAGAGUAUUUAUCAGACGCCCUCCUUGACAAAAAGGACUCAUCUGACUCGGGAGUGAGAUCCAGUGAGAGCUCUCCCAAUCACUCCCUUCACAACGAAGCAGCUGACGACUCCCAGCUUGAAAAGGCAAAUCUCAUAGAGCUCGAAGAUGACAGCCACAGUGGAAAACGGGGAAUACCACAUAGCCUGAGUGGCCUGCAAGACCCGCUUGUAGCUCGGAUGUCCAUUUGUUCAGAAGACAAGAAAAGCCCUUCCGAAUGCAGCUUGAUAGCCAGCAGUCCUGAAGAAAACUGGCCAGCGUGCCACAAAGCCUACAAUCUGAAUCGCACACCCAGCACUGUGACUCUGAACAACAACAGUGCUCCAGCUAAUAGAGCCAACCAGAAUUCUGAUGAAAUGGAGGGGCUUAGGGAGACGCCCCAAGUCAUUUUGAGGUCUGGUUCCAGUUCCCACUCAACUGCCAUUCAGAAUGAAAAUCUAAAAAGCAUGACGCAUAAGAGAAGCCAGCGUUCAAGUUAUAUGAGGCUCUCAAAAGAUUCUUCAGAGCUGCACGCAGUAGCCUCUUCUGAUAGUGCAGGCUUUGGAGAAGAAAGAGAAAGCAUUCUUUAAGAAAAACAAGCAACUUUAAGAAAAACAAGCAAAAGUAGAAUAGUGUUACUAUAAUCCCUGUGACAAGACUGACCUGAGUUUUAUGGUGAAUCCAUCCACGCACUUCACCUGUACAUUUCACUCAAAUAAUUAAUGGAUGAGAAGGUCUUUGGUAAAAGAGACAUACACUAUACAACAGAGGGAAGUAUAAGAUAGCCUGCUUCAUCUGUCAGCCCCCGUUGUCUUUGUACUUAGAAGCUUAAAAACCCAAUAUUGUUAUUGCACCUUUUGUUGGCAUAUAACUGCAAGACAAGAUCUGAGUAUAAAGAUAGGUCAGAAAUAGUUUAUUAAAUAUAAAGGGCUUAAUUCGCCAACAAAAAUUAAAAGCUAGAGACCCCUUUUGUAGAACAUUCAUUCAUUAAAUAUUUGAGGGAAGACAUGUUAAAUGAACCAGAAGCACAUUUUGCUCUUAAGGGGUGAAACAUAAGAACUUACAGCUUAUGGAAUAGCCUAGAGACUAAAGGUUAAUGCUCUGUAAGUUGCAAACCGGUGUUCUGUGUAAUAGACAAAUUGCUUAUCAAAGAGUUUUUAAAUUUUAAGUAGAAAAUAUAAAGAGGGCUUUAAAAAUUGGUAAGAAUGUGAGUCAACAGUGCCCAAAGUAGAGCCCCAGUAACUGGGUCAUUGUGAGCUGCUAGGAGAGUGGCCCGUGGAGAGGGGCCGAUCACCUUCCUAUGACCUGGAUGCUCUUCUCUCCAGGUCCCAGACCUGGCUUCAAGCACCAUCCACCUGCCCGAGAACCCGCCCGGGUCUACUCUGUAGCUCCUUUAAAUUGUGUGCUCAGCUUUCCUUAGUGAGCCGAGCGAUAAGAGGAAAAAAAUGAAUUCUUUCUCUGGGAGAAUCAGGGAGACAUGGAUAAUAAUAGGCACUAAAAAUCUUUAUGGAAUGGGAGACUGAGGACAUAACUACAGCAGCAAGGUCAGUGACCGCUGACAAGUGACAAGGAAAUAUUCAGUUAGGGAAAACGAAAUCAUUGCCUUCUAUACCAGGGCAGGGCUUAUCUGCUUCACCUGUUCCCAAAUCAGCAUGUUAAUUUUUGGGGAGGAUCAUAAGGAAUACUUGUAGACAAAAGUUUAAAGACAUGUAACAAAGAAGAGUAAAAAGAAGAUAAAUCUGGGUGUGACUUUUCAUUUACUGUUAGCAGAGUUAAGAGAAUGGUCACAUUUAAGUAUUGUGUGGACUAGAAAUUUACCCUGGCAUCAUGCAUUGACAUUUUUUUGGUCACUUUAACAUAGCUUACUUAUGUAGAACAAUUUUGGUAGUAUAUCUUCAGUCACAGAUAAAAUUGUAGGUGGUGAGAUCAUAGAGGAGCAGUUCCCUAAAUUUAGUGUUUACAUUUUUGAUGUUUUUCACUUACUGGAUUUUUAAUAUGCUGAAUAGUUUAUCUACUUGACCAGUCGUUGCAUUAAGAAGUUGCUCUUUUGGGUUUCAUUGCCUUGAUGUUUGAGUGUAAUCUAACAUUUUCAUAAAGUGUUUAUUUUGCAUGACCUGAACAAAUGUUUUAACCAGUUAAAAAAGAAGGCAGGAUGUUGUUGACAUUGUAUGUUGAAAUGUUAACAUUUUAGUACUUACAGUGUUUAUUAGUCUGCAGUAUUGUGUAAUUAGUAAUUAUUUCGGGGGCGAUACUUUGUUCCUUUUCAGGUGAGUAGGUGCAGCUUAAUAUCACUGUAGUGUAUUCUUUAUUCUGUUUGUAAAGUUAAUACCAGAGUAUUAAGUGUACAGAUAGAUUUAGAAAACAAUAAAAAAAAGUUGCAUGCUA